UCACUCUCCAUCUUACAUUUCCAAUACUACCACACCAACUUCUCAGUUUCCAAUUUCCAUCCUAACAACAAACACCAACAACUUCUCUAUUUUCUGUUGCCGUUCUUUUCCCAUACCAAAUGACAAUGGUAACUACUUCUUCCGUUGGCAUAAAUCUCCGUCCUCUAUCACCAAUUCGCCACUCUUCUUUCCCAACAACAACAACUUCACCUCUGCACCUUCGUCUCAACCUCAAAUGUCUCGCCACAAAGGAAGACUCACCAGAAUCUCUACAAUCGAGGAGAACAAACACCGAAACAAUCUUACAUUCUUUCUCACCGUUGCCAUUGCUUUACACCGCCGCUCUCAUCCCCGGAGAUGGAGCUGUGAAAUCUGCGUUUGAGCCUUUUGUUGAGAUAGUGAAGUCGUUGAAUCUACCGGAUUGGCUUGUACAUUGGGGUCACCCUGCCAAUAUGGCAGUGGUUCUCUUUGCUAUGGGUGGUUAUGGUACUUAUCUCGGUUUCCGCAUUCGUUAUUCCGAUGACGCGGAGGAAAAGGCUAAGGCCAAAGACUUGCAUCCCAAGCUUUUAGCUGGUAUGUUUUUCUUUUUUGCUCUGGGAGCGACCGGUGGAGUAACAUCUUUACUCACAUCUAAUAAACCGAUUUUUGACAGUCCUCAUGCUGUUACAGGCAUUAUUGGCCUUGCUUUGUUAACAAUACAGACUAUAUUACCUUCACUAUUUGAGGGAAGUCCGGGAUUAAGGAAUGUUCAUGGCAUCUUGGGUAGUAGUAUCAUGACACUCUUUCUUAUUCAUGCCGCCUUUGGACUGCAGUUAGGCCUGAGUUCCUAAUUACAGCUUCCAUUGAAGCUAUUGGUUAUGACGAGUUUAUUUAUUUUAGUUAUUAUGUAUAUUCUUUCCUGCACUGGUUCUUAAAAACUUCAUUUGAGAAUUUUGAUUACCAGGAUGUUAUCUUUUAAACUGUGAAUGCAACUAGAAACUGAGUUAUCGUUACGAGUUAUUAAACAGCAAACACUCCAUGCAGCUAUAUCAAUGA